UGUCAAUAGAGAAAAACAUGUCGCUGUUGAUGUGAAUUACGAGAUAUCUUGUUUUCUUUUCAACGUUUCGAUCCAUUGAAAUGGCUCGUGUGUCUUAUGUGUCACGGACUUGUGGGAUAUUAUUAUUAUUUAUUUUACAAGUGCACGCUGCAAAGAAUAUUACGUUGGAACCGCGGAUAGUGUCUUUUAAAGUAGAAGCGAAAUCGUGCGUUGAUUUUCGAUGUAAAUAUUUAUUAUUGGUGAACGGUAGUGAAUUUUUGGGACAUAAUUCGUUAAGAUUAACGUCAAGUGAAGGCGCUAGAGGUAGUAAUUGUGAUACAAUAUACCCGAAUUACGAAUUAAGAGAAGUUGAAACAUCGCAGUGGCUCUCGAAAGUGGAAAUAUACAUACCGAAAGUAUAUGAGAAAUUAUAUUUUUGUUUGCGACAUACGGAGCAAGAGAACAGUCCAGUCGCAGGGAAAUGGAUUCAUCAAGGUGGAGAUCUAUUUUUGCAUCCCGAUAUCGACGGCCGUUCAUCUUUAAAUGGUGCUAACAGGUUAGAAGAUAUCAAAGAACGCAGCAAUGAUUUACAAGAAACACGCACGAAAUGGGCCGAACUAUCUCACGAUAUAGUUGUCAAUUAUCUCAACGUAAGGAGACCAAGUAAAGAAGAAGCCGAUGAUAUAGAAGUGUUCAUACGAGAUAAAUACUAUCCGUUAAACAGCAUCCGUGAUAUUGAUAACGAUUUAAACGAAAUCAAAUACAAAAAAAAUGAAAAUGAAAUUUUAAAGAACGUAGAUAGACGUGACGUUCGAUUGCUAAACGAUAGAAGGAAACGAGAGAUAAUAAAGGAUAUGCGAAUCAAUGAUAAAGACAAAGACGGCGAUAUACUAUCUAAACUGCCUCCAAACGAUGGUAUAGCAGCCAAUCGUCAAGUUCGUGAUUUUUCCAGUGUAAGGGGUACAGAUCAAAUAAAUAUAGAUGGUAUUAGGAUUGAGGAUUCGGAUAAAGAGCCUAAAAUCGUUGAAGAUGGUAUACCGAGUGUGUUAGGGGAAUCUAAAGUUGUACUUAGACUGUUCGGUCAAGGUUUGACAGAAAAAUCGGUGAUCGCGUUCACGCUCGACCCUCUGCCGUUCGGGCAACCUUGCAAGUUCCUUCUGAAAGGCGAAUACUUGGCGGUGGAAGGAUCAGUGACUCAGAGGUCAGCGUUAUUCGACAUAACCACCCCAUCUCCACUGAUCGCUUCGAAGCUAUACAUAUGUACGAAAAAUUUGAAACCGGGCAUCAGCGAUCCUGAAGACGACGAGGAGAAAUUUUCUCACCAAGGAACCGAGCAUUGGAAGGUUAUCGCGAUCCACAGCAAGCUAUUGCCGCUAUGGGUUUCAUUGACCCUAAUUUUGGUCUGUCUAACGUUCUCUGCUCUAUUCUCUGGUUUGAACCUUGGUCUCAUGUCGUUAGACAGGACGGAACUGAAGAUCAUAUCGAACACAGGCACAGAACAGGAGAGGAAGUACGCGAGAGCGAUCAUGCCAGUCCGUGAUCAUGGCAACUAUUUACUGUGCAGCAUCCUGUUGGGGAAUGUGGCUGUUAAUUCGACCUUCACGAUUCUAUUGGACGAACUGACGUCUGGAUUGUUCGCUGUUAUAUUUUCGACUCUCUCGAUCGUUUUGCUCGGCGAGAUAACGCCUCAAGCGAUAUGUUCGAGACACGGGCUCAUGGUUGGCGCGAAAAGUAUUAUGAUAACUAAAGCAGUUAUGGCCCUGACCGCUCCCCUGGCGUACCCGGUGAGCAAACUCCUCGACUACUUCCUCGGCGAGGAGAUUGGUAACGUCUACAACAGGGAACGUCUCAAGGAGUUGGUCAAGGUAACAACAGGUGUCAACGAUUUGGACAAGGACGAGGUGAACAUCAUAUCCGGUGCCCUGGAACUACGCAAGAAGACGGUAUCCGACGUGAUGACGAAGCUGGAGGACGUGUUCAUGCUGCCCAUCACUUCUGUGCUGGACUUCGAGACUAUGUCGGAGAUUAUUAAGUCUGGUUACUCCCGCAUCCCGGUGUACGAGGCUAAUCGCGAGAAUAUAGUGACGGUGCUGUUCAUCAAGGACCUGGCCUUCGUCGACCCCGACGACAACACGCCACUGAGGACCCUCUGCCAGUACUACCAGAACCCGUGCAACUUCGUCUUCGAGGAUGUCACCCUGGAUAUUAUGUUCAAGCAGUUCAAAGAAGGUCACAAGGGUCACAUGGCGUUCGUCCAUCGGAUCAACAACGAAGGCGAGGGCGAUCCGUUCUACCAGACCAUAGGCUUGGUGACGUUGGAGGACGUCAUCGAGGAGAUGAUACAGGCGGAGAUAGUGGACGAGACGGAUGUGUUCAUGGACAAUCGUACGAAACGCCGUCGCAAACGACCCAUGCACAAGCUCCAGGACUUCGCAGCGUUCGCGGAGAGGCACGAGCAUCAGCGCAUUCAUAUUUCCCCACAACUCACCCUGGCCACGUUUCAAUUCCUCAGCACGAGCAUCGAGUACUUCAGGCCAGACCUCGUGUCGGAGACGGUACUCCGUCGGCUGUUGAGGCAGGACGUCAUACAGUACAUCAAGAUGAAGGGGAAGACGAAAAAAGAGCUCAGCACGUACAUCUAUCAGCAGGGAAAACCGGCGGACUACUUCAUGCUGGUCCUAGAGGGUCGUGUGGAGGUGAAGGUCGGCAAGGAGAACCUGGUGUUCGAAGCGGGACCGUUCACAUACUUCGGCUUGCAGGCGUUGGCACAGAACCUCGGAAUCGCGGAGUCCCCGUCGGCGUCGGCGCGCGGCUCGCUGCAGAACCUGAGCGUGGAGGCGAUGCUGCGCACCACGUUCCUGCCCGACUACUCCGUGCGCGCCAUCGCCGACCUCUACUACCUCCUCGUGCGGCGGUCCCUGUACUUAGCAGCUAAGAGGGCCACACUCAUGGAGAAGGGGGCCCUAUCGAAGGGUACUACGACCGAGCAAUUCGAUACAGAAGUCGAUAAGCCCUUACAUCCUUCUUCCAGUACUAAUCAAUUACCGAUAAAACUCUCUACCCCGAGUACAUUGGAUUUAACGGAAAACCAGGAUAUAACUUUAUUGGAAUCGGUGGACGAAGAUAUAAGCAUCAGUGGUGAGCACAAGACUCCUUCGAGACAGGUGUCCCCCCACCCCCCUCCCGUGUCCGCGUCGCCCGUGACGCGCUCGUCGUUCGCGUCCCGCACGUCUCCGGAGCGGCAAGGAGCGUACCCAGCCCAGGAGGACGAACAGGAGAAGUUGUUGAAGCAUUAGUGGUAACCCAAAGGUAUAUAGCAGGAUCGCAUAUUGUCACAACAGCUGAUUACAUAUAAACUUUAUAUAUUUAAGUAAUAUAUAAACAAUGUUUCCAUUUUAGGUCUAUCCUGUGUAAGAAAUGAUAAUUAAAUUAAUUUCUAGUGGACGGAUUUUGAGCAAGCCAUAAGGGUUAUUACCCUGAAGUGUCGGUCAGUGAGCCAGUGUACCAACAAGAGAUAUAUCAUCUUAUAUAUCAUGGUUGGUAGGCUCGGUAUAGAGAAUAAAUAAUAGUUCUUACAUUAAUAUGUCUAUGGGUGGUGAUCAUAAACAAUCAGCGAACCUUUUGCUUAUCUGUAUUUGUAAUAAUUGGGUUAAAGCAAAGAUUUUUUUAAAGAAAGUUUUGUUAAUUAAAAAAAAAUGUGUGUAAUCUUUAAUUGUUAACAAAUGGUCAAAAUGAUAAAUCCUCCCUAAGCUUACAUAAUACUUAAACACCCCCAUUUUAUUCAUAAUUAAAUAGGUCUGGUAUUGCUGCUGGCAGUUUUUUUUGGAAUAUAUAUUUUAUAGAAUAGAAUAGGAAGGUGGACGAGCAUAUGGGCCACCUGAUGGUAAUGGAUGGUAGUGGUCACCAACGCCCAUAGACAUUGCAUAUACAUAGCAUUGUAAGAAAUGUUAACCAUCGCUUACAUCACCAAUGCCCCACCAACCUUGGGAACUGAGAUGUUAUGUUCCUUGUGCCUGUAAUUACACUGGCUCACUCACCUUUCAAACCGGAACACAACGAUACCAAGUACUGCUGUUUUGCGGUAGAAUAUCUGAUGAGUGGGUGGUACCUACCCAGACGAGCUUGCACAAGGCUCUACCACCAGUGAAAUAUAAAUGGAUGAUACCCACCUAGACAGGCUUGCUCAUAGUCCUACCACCAAGUGAUAUGUCGAUACCUCCUUAUAUACCAAAACAAGCUAUGUACCUCAGUAUUUACAAUACGGUCUCAUUCCUAAUCAUUAUAUACAUAUUUAUUUCACUUAAUUUCUUAAUAUACAUGGAUAAAAUGUUUUUUUUUUUUAAUGUAUUAGAAAUUAAUAGGCAAAUUUUGUCACUUAAAAAAAUUUAUCGCCAAAUUUUUUUUAUACAUAAUCUAAACAGGUGGUAGUUUUAAGCCCAUUGAGUGUAUUUACAAAACGAUCCGUUUUGCUUACGAACAGGAUCCGAUUUAGGCUUGGAGGGCCUGGAGACAUAACGAUGUCCAGUGUAAUUAAAAAAAGAAAACAAUUAUUUAUGAUUAUGUCUCUUGUACCUUUACUCCUGUACACUGCUUCACUGACCCUUCAAACCUGAACACCGCAAUACUAAGUCUUGCUGUUUAGCGGUAGAAUAUCUGAUAGGUGGGCAGUACCCGGACGGGCUUAGACAAAGCCCUUCCAUCUAAAGUAAUUUCUUAUCUUCAAAAAUUAUAUCAUACAGUAAAGGCCCCUUUCUUCCAUAAAUACAGCCCGUACAGAUAAUCAAAUUGUGCGAUUAAUUUUAACAUUUUUUUACUGAAAUUUUACUAUCUUUAUACAUUUGCAUUACUGUCCGUAAGCAGAACGAAGCGUUUCGUGAAUAUAGCAACGGACGGUUAGACAAAAAUCGCCAAAUUACAUACGGUCAACAAUCGUCCGUUAUUAUAUUAUUUAAAGUUUUGACAAG